UUGGUAGUUCCGCGGGCGCCGGGGGCUUGGCGAGCAGCAGCUGCAACCGGCACCAACGCCGCGGCCACCGGAGUCUCUGCCGCCGCCACCGCCUCAGCAGUGCACGCAGUUCGGCCCCGCCGCGUGCUCGGCGGGUGCCCCGCUUUCCCGUGGGCCCGGGGGCCGGCGCGCCGAGCCAUGCCCCGGGCUGCCGGCGGUGGCCAUGGGGCGGCACGGCGGCGGCGGCGGCGACAGCGGUAAGAUCGUGAUCAACGUGGGCGGCGUGCGCCAUGAGACGUACCGCUCCACGUUGCGCACCCUGCCGGGGACCCGGCUGGCCGGGCUGACCGAGCCCGAGGCGGCCGCGCGCUUUGACUACGAUCCGGGUACAGACGAGUUCUUUUUCGACCGCCACCCGGGCGUCUUCGCCUACGUGCUCAACUACUACCGCACCGGCAAGCUGCACUGCCCGGCCGACGUGUGCGGUCCGCUCUUUGAGGAGGAGCUAGGCUUCUGGGGCAUCGACGAGACAGACGUGGAGGCCUGCUGCUGGAUGACCUACCGCCAGCACCGCGACGCCGAGGAGGCACUCGACUCCUUCGAAGCUCCCGACUCCUCGGGCGCCGCCAACGCCGCCAACGCCGGAGGUGCCCACGAUGCAGGCCUGGACGACGAGGCUGGCGCAGGAGGCGGCGGGCUGGACGGAGCAGGCGGCGAGCUCAAGCGUCUGUGCUUCCAGGACGCAGGCGGAGGUGCCGGGGGACCUGCCGGGGGCGCGGGCGGCGCGGGCGGCACGUGGUGGCGGCGCUGGCAACCCCGUGUGUGGGCGCUUUUCGAGGACCCCUACUCGUCGCGGGCCGCCAGGUAUGUGGCCUUUGCCUCCCUGUUUUUCAUCCUCAUCUCCAUCACCACCUUCUGCCUGGAGACACACGAGGGCUUCAUCCACAUCAGCAACAAGACGGUGACGCAGGCCUCCCCAAUCCCUGGGGCUCCCCCAGAGAACAUCACCAAUGUGGAGGUGGAGACAGAACCCUUCUUGACCUAUGUGGAAGGCGUGUGUGUGGUCUGGUUCACCUUUGAGUUUCUCAUGCGUGUCACCUUCUGCCCAGAUAAAGUGGAGUUCCUCAAGAGCAGUCUGAACAUCAUCGAUUGUGUGGCCAUCUUGCCCUUCUACUUGGAGGUGGGCCUGUCAGGCCUCAGCUCCAAAGCUGCCAAGGACGUGCUGGGUUUCCUGCGUGUUGUCCGCUUUGUUCGCAUCCUGCGCAUCUUCAAGCUGACCCGCCAUUUCGUGGGCUUGCGUGUGCUGGGCCACACACUCCGGGCCAGCACCAACGAGUUCUUGUUACUCAUUAUCUUCCUGGCUCUGGGGGUCCUCAUCUUUGCCACCAUGAUCUACUAUGCUGAGCGCAUUGGUGCCGACCCUGAUGACAUCCUGGGCUCCAACCACACCUACUUCAAGAACAUCCCCAUCGGCUUCUGGUGGGCUGUGGUCACCAUGACCACCCUGGGCUAUGGAGACAUGUAUCCCAAGACAUGGUCUGGGAUGCUGGUUGGGGCGCUGUGUGCCCUGGCUGGUGUGCUGACCAUUGCCAUGCCUGUGCCCGUCAUUGUCAACAACUUCGGCAUGUACUAUUCACUGGCCAUGGCCAAGCAGAAAUUGCCAAAGAAGAAAAACAAACACAUCCCCAGGCCUCCACAGCCUGGCUCACCCAACUACUGCAAGCCUGACCCCCCACCUCCACCCCCACCACACUCCCACCACGGCAGCGGUGGCAUCAGCCCACCACCGCCCAUCACUCCUCCCUCCAUGGGGGUGACUGUGGCUGGGGCCUACCCACCUGGACCCCAUACACACCCCGGGCUGCUCAGGGGUGGUGCUGGGGGACUGGGCAUCAUGGGAUUGCCUCCUCUCCCAGCCCCUGGUGAGCCCUGCCCACUGGCUCAGGAAGAGGUGAUUGAAACCAACAGGGCAGUAGACCCCCGUCCCAAUGGGGACCCCGCAGCCGCUGCACUGGCCCACGAGGACUGCCCUGCGAUCGACCAGCCAGCCAUGUCUCCAGAAGACAAGAGCCCGAUCACCCCCGGAAGCCGGGGCCGCUACAGCCGGGACCGAGCCUGCUUUCUUGUCACUGACUACGCCCCCUCCCCUGAUGGCUCCAUCCGAAAAGCUCUUGUCACCGCCUGAGACCUCGCGAGACCCUCGGGUUCCCCCUGUCCCUUCCCCCCAGGUUACGAGAAGUCCCGCAGCCUGAGCAGCAUUGUGGGCCUGAGCGGGGUAUCCCUGCGCCUGGCGCCCCUCGCCACUCCCCCAGGCUCGCCCCGGGCCACGCGCCGAGCUCCCCCGACCCUGCCCUCCAUCCUCUAGUGCUCCCUCUCCUGUGAGGGGACUGGGGGUGAUGGGAAGGUCGAAAGGAGCUAGGAGUGGGGGCGGGGAAAGGGUUCUUUAAAAAAAAAAAAAGUCAUUAAUAAUAUGCAAAAGAGGCGAUGAUGCCAGCAGACACCCUCGGGCCUCUCCCCACGUACUAGAGCCUCCAGGAUAUAGGGGGUGGGGCCGGAGCCUGUUCUCCCCCUACUCUCUCCCCUCCCUCCCAAAAAACAAAAGCAAACCUCAGGUUGUCAUGAGCCAUAGGACACUCCUCCCAUCGACUCCUGUAAAUAACUAAAAGCUGAUUCCAUCUUGGGGCACCCACUCCAGUUUGCAUGCCUCCCAGACCCCCUCUUCAGCAAUAAGCCCAUCAGGAGCUGCUUGCAGUGAGUUGGAGGGAGGCCGCCAGGAACUUCUGGGGUCGGGACUGGCAUUUUAGGGGUUUUCCUGCUCACCCCCCAAAAUAGUGACCCACCCAUCACUAAUUGAUUCAGGAAAAACAAACAAAAACCCUCUAGGAACAUGUAGGGAAAGGAAAGCAGGUUGAUCGCCGCCGCAGCCUUCAGGAGCUCCGCUGGGGGUGGGGGGUUCUGCCAGCAGCUCCCGGGCUUGGAUGACUCCAGCUGGUGCAUUCCACCCACGCCCGCCUCCAAGGAUCUGCUCCCUCUAUUCACUGCAUGGACUUAGCCCUCCAGGCCCACAACCCUCCACCCUACCCUGACUCCACUCUAUCUCAGAACAUGAGACUAGCACCCUAGACUUCCGGAGAUUGACCCAGGCACCGUGCCCUCCCAUCCCCGUGCACUCCGGCGCCCCACACUUCCCACUUCCAUCACUCCCACACCCAUCCACCACUGGCCUGGCCUGCACUGCAGUGUUCUUCCACCCUCCCAGACCCUUUCCUUGUAUCCCAGCUCACUUCCAGCCGCUGGGACCUGGCAGUCCUCAUGACCCGGACAUUGCUCAGAUAAACUAAAGCUUCCCCUGACCCCAGACAGCCCCUGCGCCCUGCCCCCUGCCAUCACACGCCUCUGUCCUGGGUACCUCUUCCUGGAUGGGCUCGGCCUGUCAGAUUCCAGGGAGCUCCCACCCCACCCAGCAUCUCUGUCUAGGCAGUACCCUCCUCAAAACCGGUCCCACCGAGAUGGUGCCAAAACACAGUUUCCCAGAGCGUGGGACUCCUGUUUCCUCUUUGUGUGCUGUAGUUUACAGAGCGCACAAACGACCAGGUCUUUAAAACGUGUGUGCUCCAGGCACAGCACACCUGGCUGGUGCGAACUAGCACCGCAGCAGCUGGGUGUGCCGUGUGUCUCCGAGCAAGUCAAGGACAGUCAAGCACACAGCUUGCCUAACGUCCUACGGUCCCGGGGUUCAACCUCCGGCAACCCCUUUUCCCCUAAAACAGCCCCAAAGUGAUCACAGAAGCUGUGGCCCGCGUGGUGGGAAAAGAGGACAUGCUCACCUCGGCUAGGACCUCAGCCUGCGCUUCCCCGUGUUCCUUGCCCAACAUGUGCCACGUUCGCGGUGGAAAACUUUCUCAAAUCCCAUCUUGGCUCCAGUAUGCUACCUCCCCCCAAGCCCAGAGACCACACUGGUCCCAGAAUCCUAAACAAACUUCCCUUUGGAGCAGGGUGGUCGGCAGAAUUAGCAAUCUCUCCCUUGUUCCCACAGCCUCAGGGAACCCUCCCUCGGUCACCACAGUGUCAGUGGGAGUGUCCUUGGACCCAAUUCUUGAUGCAACGAUUCCUAUGCAAGGGGCGUUUUGAGUCCCCCCGCCCGCCCCCAGCCUUCCCUUGGGAUUUUAACCCCGGUGAGACAGGGGUUGAGGGGUGGGGUGGGAUCUGGUAGGGACAGGGCAAAGGGCUAGGGGACUCCAGACACUAGGGUUUGGGGUGAGGACUCCUGAUAUUGCCAAAGGGUUCGACUUCUUUAAACAGCCCCUACUGUUCUCCCGUCCCUCAAAAGAGACAAAUGGGGCGGGGAAAGGGGGUAAGAGUCCUUUUUGAAGGGUACCAGCCACUUCUCACUGUCUCCCCCUGCUCUCCAGUUUCCCACACGUAUCCAGCUUUUUAGUUAAGCUUUAAAAGAAAAAAGAAAGCUACUAUCACUAUAAAUGUCUACAAAACGUGAUUUUCGCCCCCUUCAUAUCUCCCAAUUUACCAAACUACGGGGUUCCGGGAGGGAGAGCCAGGUCCUGGUCUCCCUUUUCCCCACGGCCGCCAGGGUGCCUGCAACUGCACGCAUGCGCUGCAUGACGCGCCCCCCCCACACGCAUGCGUUGCGCACCCCUCCUGCGCGGGUGGGAGGGGGACGACGCUCGGACUUGGGGCUGGGGGCGGGACGACGGGGAGGAAUGAUUGGCAGGGGGCAAGGGGGUCUUCCUGAGCUCAGCAGCUCCCCUCCUUCCCCACACACUCACAGCAAUAAGUUUCUCUACUUCUAGUGGGCAGACGGGCCUGGCCUGGCCUGGCGCAGGAGGGGCUGGCCAAGGGGCGCUCUCAGGGAUGGGGGCGGGUCCUGAGUCUGGGGGAGGGGAGGUCUGCAACUCUGGUGCUAACGGCGGGUCUUCCUGGCCCACCAGCAGGCAGGGAGGGAGGGGUCGGCAGGCUCCUCCCCCAAGCCUCCCCCAUGCCCACCCAGGGUGCAUGAACCACCCUCGCAGAAGCUGCCGCAUGUCAGCCCUCCCCCGUAAAGAAACAGUGUCAUGCCCCUCCCCAGCCCAA